AUGGCGUUGUCGGAUGACAAGAAAGAAGUGUCACAUGAAUCUGAGAAUGUGAUGAACAAUAUGCAAGACAUAGUAACAACAGCUAAUAUACAUAGUGAUCACGAACAAUUGGAGGGAAUUCGAGCGGGUGCCGUUGUUCGACCAGAACCUCUCUUUUACAGAAAAACAAGGCUUAUCAUAGAUACACAUUACAAUCCUGAACAUAAUAUACUAAGAAAUGGCCUAGAAGAAAUAGAAUUUCAAAAUAUUAAACUUAUCUCAUUGGACAAAUUAUUUGACAAUAAGCAUGAAGCUUUUCUUGGUUUUGGACUACCGAAUGUUUAUUUGACUAUUCCGAAUGAAGCUGGUGAUGGAUACAACAAAUUUGCUGCAUUCAUGCUUUGGCGUCAGAAGAGCGCAAUCCUCGAUACGAAAGGUCGUGUACAAUCAGGAUUUUUCAUUCGUUUUCGAAAUCUACCACAAGAUGGAUUAGAAGCACUUCGGCAAGCCAUGUCAAAACAUUCAAAUAGUCGACAUGUAUCUUGUGCUUAUGCCAAUGCGUGUGUGUUAAGUUCCGCUGGGUUUACUUGUGAUGGUUAUGAUUUGAGUAAUAAUUUUGGUGCUCGUUCAUUGUUUCAAGAAAUUUUCGAGAAUGGUUUGGAAUAUAGAGGAGAACCACUCGUUCUUGAUUUCAUUCGUACAACUCGUUUAACGCUCGAAGAACAUUUCCAUGAAGUACGAAAAAAAGAACUCACUAGUUUAGGUCGGAUAUGUAAUAAAAUUGUCAAUGAAUGUUUACCGUCAAAAAGUCAUGUUCGUGCACCCUUACUCGAAGCAAUAGAUAUUCCAGAGAAACCAACUGUUGUUGGUAAUUGUGGUUCAUUGACACGUUUAGAAAUUUCUCAUCCGGGUUUCUUUGGAGCAACAAUUAGAAGAGUAAUUGGAUCGCAUACACUCUUCAAGUUAACUGCAAAUAAAGAGCAAGUCGACAUUAAUAAUUUUCUACCACAAACACUGCGAGCAUUUGCAAUGAAAAAUCCGAGUUUAAUGACUCGAAUAAAGAAGUUCAUACUUUUCUCUCGACCCGUUGUUACCAUAAUACGAAGUCAACUGGCUUCGUGCUGGGAUGAUCAUGGCUAUUUUUCUCCAGGACCGCUAGCAUCUAUGAUGAGUAUUCACACUACAGCAGAGCCACAUCCGUACAAUAUCGUCAUCACUGGUGAUUUUCUCAUCGGUAUGCAUAAUAGUCCGGGCUUGAAGGCAGUAGAUUGGAUAUUAUCAAAACACGUUCUCAUAUCUGGUUAUGACGACGAUGUCCGUUUUGCAGGUGAAGCUUGGAUGCAACAUCAAGAAGAAGGUUUGAUUCUGCAUAUAUCGAGCAACUCUGGCACUUAUCAGCCUAAUGAUGAGCAACUUGAGAAUGCUGGAAAAUAUGUUUCUGCUGCAUUACCCGGCCUUAAAAUAGAGCUUCAUUCAAAUACAAUCACACCUUCAUCAAUUACUUCGAAACCAGUUCGUGAGCACGUUAACUAUUUUACCAUCAAGCAUUUACUAAUUAUCAUAUUAGCAUGUAUGAUUGGUCUUUAUUUCUUUGUAUCCGGAAAAUCCAAAUGA